AUGCACUUCCUCACCCUGAUCCCCUUCCUUGCCCUCCUCACUCUCGCCGCUCCCAUCGAGAAGCGUGCCCCCUCCGUCUCCUGCGGUGGUCGCUCCUUUACCUCCAGCCAGGUGAACAAGGCCGUCCAGAACUCUAACAGCGACGCAGCGCCCUCGAGCUCGUACCCUCACCAGUACAACAAUUACGAGGGAUUCGACUUCUCGGACUACUGCUCCGACUCGCGCUAUGAGGAGUUCCCGUUGACUUCGGGUGGUUACACUGGCGGCUCCCCCGGCGCAUACCGUGUCAUCACGGGCCAGUCCUCUGGCGCGUUCUGCGGCGCAAUCUACCACGCCAGCUCGGACAACAGCUUCUCGUCGUGCAACUACUAG